AGCGAGUUACUAGUACAUUUAGACUUUUAUGUCACUUGGCAUUGGAAUUGUUUUACCAAAAAGUCAGACAAAAACUAAGAAAAUCCCAUUUGGCAGAUAAACAGUCUAGGCCCAAAAAAUAAAAAACAAAAAAAAAAUAAAUAACUCAACCAAGCAAUUGCCAUUUGAACAGGACAACAUGUUUCCCGAUCACUACGACGUGGAGCCCUUCAAUCCCUUUAACGUGGGACCGGCCAACAACGGAGGCCCCUCCGAGUUCCAAAUCCCCACCAGUGUUACGUACCCGCCUCCGGUUUUUGUGGCCAAGCCGGAAUAUGUAAAGGCUGCCAAGGAGCAGGUUGCUCUGAGAUCAUCAUCCAAAGAUACUCUCAAGUUGGCAAAGUCCAAACACGGCGAGGUGGCCAUUUCAAAGGCCAUCAAGAAUGAGAUGGCAGUGGCCAAGCAGCAGGCAGCCGCAAUUCAUGAAACAGAUCGCAUUGACCCGGACGUGAAACUGAAUGUUAAGCAUGACCUAAAGGCAAAAAAGAAGGAAUCGAAGGCCUCAAUUCGAACUUUGCUGCCGGUAAGGUCUAAUCGUCAGGCAAGCGGAGCGGGAAACGCCAAAAGAACCACAUCGGGCUUGAGUGUGGCAACCAAGCAACGCAAAUCAUCGAGAGUGGAAAUUGCGGCCAAGGCCUCCAAAAUAUCAAACGAACUUGACGCGAAGUCACCGAAACCCUUCGAGCCUGCCAAAAUGUCCUUCACCUCCAUCAAAUCGAAGUCUACCAAAUCAGUAGUAUCCGAGACAUCCACUGGAAGCUCUUCCUCUGAGCAAUCAGAAACAACAGAUAAAUCUGAGUCAGACUCUCAGCAUACCUUAAAAUCUAGUGAGCCAGCUGACAAGAACACCUCCGUAGUUGCCCCGAAGUCGAAGACAACUGUAAAGGAAGACCGCAACUACCCGGUAUCCGAGAGCUCCUUGUCCUAUGGGAAACCCUUGACCGAGCAGGCCGCAGAUCUAGCAUUUCGCUUGAACUCUGGCAAUGAGAACUAUCGGCGCUACAAUUCGGUGGUUCGCAACCACUCGACUACGAUUCCUCAGAAACUGUCUGAAGGAGACCGCAUGUCAUUCUGGUUCAGCGAUGCAGUGCUCUCCUAGAGGUUCCACACAAUAAUAUAUGCCAGUAGCUAAUGACAAUUGCUUGCUGUUGAGUUAAACGAGAAAAUAAAAACGGAAAUUAGCAGUUUAAA